ACAUGCUCAAAUAGACAGGGGACUUGCACAUCCCGCGCAUAGAUCUCGGGCUAAGCGACCAUAAGCCGAUUACAAACAUAUCUAAGGAGGACAUCGUGCAGUGCGAGUAUGUCGUUCCCGUCGCUUCGUCGUUUUUGAUUUAUCGCUCGUCGACAGAUCGGCCACUCCGCAGCUCGUGUCGGACGCCGUACGAGGACCUGGCAUUCCUGAAAUCGCUGCACAGUGCACCGUUCCCAUCGUUAACAGAGCUAAAAACUUAAUCCAUAAUAAUUGAUGAAUGGACACCUUGAACGACUCGCUGAGCUUAGAGCAGCUUGUGAGCGUAAGCCCACGGAGAAGCCAACUGACUAUGGCCGGGAUUCCACCGAUCAACAACAGUGGCACAAGUACGGGCAGCGCAUUGGACAGCACGGCGGUAUCGGGAGCUCACACCAGCCUGGCCGGGACAGAUAGCAGCAUGGACUCCACACACGGCUCCGGAGCGGCCACGGUGUCGGCAGGCUCGCCGGUCGGCAAGGACUCCGGCAGCGGCUCCACGCCGUCCACACAGGACGUCACGCAGGACGACGACGAGAUGCGGAAGCGACGGCGGCAGCGUCGGCAGAGGACGCACUUCACGUCUCAGCAGCUCCAGGAGCUCGAGGCCUCCUUCGCGCGGAAUCGCUACCCCGACAUGGCGACCCGGGAAGAGAUCGCCGCCUGGACCAACCUCACAGAGGCCAGAGUUAGGGUCUGGUUCAAGAACCGGCGAGCCAAGUGGCGGAAGCGCGAGCGGAAUCAGCUGGGGGAAUUCAAGAACGGCUUCGGUCCUCACUUCAACGGGUUGAUGCAACCGUUCGACGACGGACUGUACUCCGGCUACUCGCCGGCUUACAACAAUUGGGCGGCGAAGGUGCCGAGCCCGCUCACCGCCAAGUCGUUCCCGUGGGGACUCAACUCCAGCGGCGUGCCCAACGUCAACCCGCUGUCGUCUCAGGCCAUGUGCUUCACCCCGCCGACCACCAUCGGCACCGCCACCACCAUGGUGCCGAGCAUGAACGUCGGCAACGGCUUGAAUUCCCUGAGCAGCCUGCAGAACCCGACUGUGGCGCCGUGUCCGUACGCCUCCCCCGGGCAGCCUUACGCCUACCGUGAGCAGUGCAAUUCCAGUAUCGCAGCCCUGCGACUGAAGGCCAAGCAACACUCCACGUCGGUCGCGUCCAGCUUCUCCUACCCAAGCCCCGUCCGUCAACAAACCCUCUCCGCCUGCCAGUACGCCGUCGACCGGCCUGUCUGACUGUCCUUCCCGACCCCCUACACCAACCGUUCGUAGGACAUUUUCCCGCAGACUGAAAAGACUCUGCACACAUUCUCCUCUAUCUACAAACUCUGAGACUAUACCGCUGAAUCGACCCGAUUUUUCGUGGAGAAAUCAUGUAAAUAUCAGAGAAAAAUCAAAGAGAAUGGACUCUUUAUUUAAACGUUGGCGUAUGGGAUUUGUUUGCUAAAGAAAUGAAUUAAAGACAAAUUAUCUUUAUGUUAGAAGAAAUUAAUAGUUCAGUAGAUACACUCCUUGUUUCACGCACUUAAAGGUUUUAAGAAACUGUUCUUGUUUUUUUUCCUUCACGGAAAAAAAAAGAAUUCCUAAAGUGUAUUCAGCUGUUCAGAGUUCGUCGAUUCCAGUAUUCAACAUUUUAUCGAUGUUUUAUAUCGAAAAUAGAGUAUAACACAUAACAGAUGUAGGUUGUUCUUAGAUUUUAUAUAUUUUAUCACACGUAUUGUAAGAGAUCAUUCUAUUUAUGUGGUGUCAGCUGUCGAUAUUUAAAGCACAACAAUCCACGCUUUCGCUGCGUAGUUGAGAAAAGCUGUAUGUUCUGUAGAUGUUGUUGUUAUUUUUCUUUCCUUGUCGUUCUAUGCUUAUUGAUUCCAGAGUGCAUCCAAUCGUCGCUUGUAUAUCUUCUAUUGUGCCUACAGAAAGUAAAACUCCUUGUGUAUAGAUGUUCCGUAUUUGUUUCGCAGAGAGACAUCCUCACUCAAUGGACGAAGAGAAUCUCUGUACAUUAAAAGAGGGUUUAAAAUCUA